CAAAAAAUGACAGAAACUCAAGUAAAAAUGGAAAAAAAUGAUGAAAUCAGAGACACAGAUAAUCUGUGUGACAAAAUUAAGGUGCAUAAGGAUUAUUCAUACAAAGACUCCUUUGAUGAAGUCUUUACUGUGAAAUACGACCCUUCAGACCAAUUCCUCGCCUAUGGAUGUGAGGAUGGGAUAAUUAGACUCCUUGAUUUCGGUGAUUACCAGCUCGAAGAAGUUAAAGAUAGCAAAAAUGUACACCCUAAGAUGAGACUUAAAACAACUAUUUCAAGACUAGAUGCUUUCAAGAAAGAGGCUAAGGGUCUUAAGAGCCCAAUUACCUCCCUUACUUGGAGAACUGGUGAAGUCACCAAUCCAGAAGACAGGCAUUUGGUAGCUUGCUCUUCUAGUGGAAGCAUCUACACAUGGAAGCCGGCUGCUGAUGAGCUGCUAAAUUACAUAAAAGAAGAUAAUGAAAUCUACUGUACGGAUUAUUCUCAUUACAAAGACAUAUUCGCAACAGCAGGAGGAGAUUUCAGGAUCAGGAUUUAUGACUACAAUACCCAAGAAGUCCUUCAGUCCUUCAGUGGAGCUUCAGAUGAUGUUCUUGGACAUUCUAACAGAAUUUUCUCAUUAAAGUUUCACCCGAAUGACUCAAAUAUCCUUGUCUCUGGAGGGUGGGAUAACCUGAUCUUCAUUUGGGAUCUGAGAAAGGAAAAGCCAGUCUCACAUAUCUUAGGGCCAAACAUCUCUGGAGAAGCUGUUGAUAUCUGUGGGGAUCAUAUCCUUGCUGGAAGUUAUAAUAAUGAAACUAAUCUCUACUUGAUGAGUCUCUCAGAGCAUAAAAUUACCAAAGAAAUAGAGUGGUAUGAUACAGAGGCAUACAAGGAGCUCAACCUUGCUCCUCCUUGUGUCUACUCAGCACAGUUCAGUAAGCCAGAUGCUUCGUAUUUCAUUGCAGGUGGCACUGCUAGGAAUGAAGUCAGGGUCUUCAAAAACCUUGAUAACUUCUCUAGCACUAAAAGUGUAGCUUGCAUUGCCAAUCUGAAGAGUGCAUGCUUGUCAAUUGACUGCACCAAUACUCACAAGAACGGGUUUGCUUUUGGCUGUGCCAACGGAACUGUGAAAUGCUUCAGCAUCCAAGAUGAAGCAGAGGAAGAGAAAAUCUCUUAAAUUUAACCAAUUUUUCUAACAUUUUGUA